AUGAGCCAGCAAUCCCAGACUGGCCUGGCCUCUUCAGGCUACCGCCCGUAUGAUACAUCACGCAUGCCCAACGAGGCGCCUCAGAUUUAUUCGGCCGUCUAUUCCGGCGUCGACGUCUACGAAAUGGAAGUUCAUGGCAUCGCCGUGAUGCGUCGCCGAAACGACAGUUGGCUCAACGCUACCCAGAUUCUCAAAGUCGCCGGCGUGGAAAAAGGCAAGCGGACCAAAAUCCUGGAAAAAGAAAUUCAGACGGGCGAGCACGAGAAGGUCCAGGGUGGCUAUGGUAAAUAUCAGGGUACCUGGAUCAAAUUCGAUCGUGGUGUCGAGGUCUGUCGCCAGUACGGCGUCGAGGAGCUCUUGCGCCCUCUCUUGACUUACGAUAUGGGCCAGGACGGCGGCGUGGCAGGCCGUGGUGACUUGAACACCCCGACCAAGGAGCAAGCCAUGGCCGCCCAGCGCAAGCGCAUGUACAACGCUGCCAACGACGCCCGCGCUAGUGGUCUCAGCGGCACCUUUUUCAAGAACAUCUCCUCCACCGCCUCCCACGCCGUUGCCGCCAUCAGCAAGGCCCGCUUCGAGUCCCCCGGUCCCCGCGGCCGCAACGGUCCCACACGAGCUCCCAGCUUCAGCCGCCAGUCGUCCAUGACCGGCGCCAACCCCACCGGCGGCAGUCUCGACGACCUGCCGCCAAAUUCCCAGCAGAGCUAUAUAUCCGACUAUGGACAUCAGUCCAACCCCAGCAAUUCUCAGUUUUCCACCCAGCAGUCUUUCGCCCUCUCCCACGCACAUUCCCACUCCCACUCCCACUCCCAUGCCCACCCGCACGCCCAUGCCCAACAGGGCUAUGAGACCACCGAGCCUCCAAGGAAGCGCCAGCGGACAACAAUGACCCCGGCCGAUAGCUUUGGCUACCAUAACGCUGCUACCGACGCCCUACAGGACGCUUUCCCCGGCUCGCCCACCGAACCCAACGAAUCCUUCAUUUACUCGCACGCCGUCGCCGCCACGAACGCUCCUCCCCACGACGGCUACAGCCCCCUGGAGCCUCUCCGCUACGAGAUAACGCCCGAAGCCGAACACAAGCGGAGCAUGCUCAUGGCCCUCUUUAUGGACGUUGACCAAACCGCUCCCGACCCGUCCCAGUACGACGUGCUGCGGUCCCUAUCCCCAUCCGAGCUCGACAUGCCCAUCGACCACCAAUACCAUACCGCUCUGCAUUGGGCCGCCACCCUGUCGCGCAUGCCUCUGUUAAAGGCCCUGGUCAACUCUGGGGCGAAUCCCUUCCGUGUCAACGCCAUGGGCGAGACGGCACUGAUGCGGGCUUGCGUCGUCACCAACUCCAUGGACCACGGCUCCUUUCCCGACCUGCUCGAGGUCCUCGGCGGCACCAUCGAGGUUCGGGAUAGCAAGGGCCGCACCGUACUACACCAUAUCGCCAUGACCAGCGCCGUCAAGGGUAGGAACGCCGCGAGCCGCUACUACCUAGAGAGUCUCCUCGAGUGGGUCGUCCGCCAGGGCAGCGUCCCGACCCCGGCCGAAAACGCGAACCAGGCCGCCAACACCGAAGCCGGCGAGGGUGGCCCGACCAGUUCGCAGUCGCAGCAUCAAAAGAUGGGCAUCGGCCGCUUCAUGACCGAGGUCGUCAACGUCCAGGAUUCUUCCGGUGACACGGCUCUGAACAUCGCGGCCAGGAUAGGGAACCGAAGCAUCAUCUCCCAGCUACUCGAGGUUCAUGCCGACCCCCACAUCGCCAACCGUGCCGGCUUAUGCCCCCUAGACUUUGGCAUCGGGGAUGGAGUGGCGGACGACGCAGAGGGCGAGCACAGGGGAGAACCGAACGGACCUCCCACCAUUGUAAAGCCGAUCAAAGGAAGCAUCGAAGAUGUCCUCGCAUCCAUAACCCACCUCCUCAACGAGAGCAACCAAACCUUCCAAACCGAAAUAAAAACCAGACAAGCCAACCUCGACUCCCUCCACGCCUCCCUCCGCACAGCAUCCACCCAACUCAACGAAGCGCGCCGCAACCUCGACUCCCUCCAACAAACGGUCAAGCGACAACAACUCGCCCGCCAAAAAGUAGCCAACCUCUCGCACGCCCGCGAAGAAGAACAAGUCCGCCUCGCGCAGGAACAGAACCGCACGGGCCGCGACUCCGAAGCCGCCGCCUGGGAGACCGAACUCGGCGCCGUGCUCGAGGCCGCCGGCGACGGGACCACGGGCGACGACGACGCUUCCGCUGCCGGGCUGCUACCCACUGCCGCCGUGCUCAGGGCGCGCAUCACUGCCGUGGGGAGUCGGAGGGAUGCGACGCGUAAGAUGGCCCAGGCGCUGCGGGGAAGGAGUCGGGAUGUAGAGGUGCAGUAUCGCCGGGUCGUGGCCAUGUGCACGGGCGUCCCUGAGGCGGAGGUGGAUGCCGUUGUUGAUGGGCUGUUGAGGGCUGUGGAGAGCGAGAAGGGCGAGUUGGAGGUGGGGAGGGUGAGACGCUUUCUCACUGGGGUGGAAGGUGUUGUGAACUGA